AUGGAAUGGAGCGGCGCCUCAGGAGAUAGGUGGGGGUGAGAUGGGUGGGGGUGAGAUGGGUGGGGGUGGGAUGGGUGGGGGUGAGAUGGGUGGGGGUGAGAUGGGUGGGGGUGAGAUGGAUGGGGGUGAGAUGGGUGGGGGUGAGAUGGCUGGGGGUGGGAUGGGUGGGGGUGAGAUGGGUGGGGGUGAGAUGGGUGGGGGUGAGAUGGGUGGGGGUGAGAUGGGUGGGGGUGAGAUGGAUGGGGGUGAGAUGGGUGGGGGUGAGAUGGGUGGGGGUGAGAUGGGUGGGGGUGAGACUGGCCGUGCAAUGGGGAUUGUGGGGAGGGUGGGGAAGGGGGGAGAGGGGGGAGAAGGAGCUGAUGUCAAGAAAGUCAACGAGCCACCCACCUGUCUGACCAGCAGCCCAGCUACGGCCAAGCCUCCUGAAGUGGUUAGACACGCCCGCCAAACCUCCUCUCUAGGAGCGACAGCGACAGGAGCAGCAGGGACAGCAGGGGCAGCAGGGGCGGAAGAGGAAGUAGAAUCUGGAGAGACGGGUGCAGCUAUCGGCGGUGGCUUUUUAGUUGACUCGGAAGAGGAAGGAGAAGGUGGAGAGGUAUCGGGUGUAGCUAUGGAUGGCGACGGUUGA